AUUUCUAAAAAUUAAUUUUACUUAGAUACUAUAAAUUUGAGAAAUGUACAUCAAAACAGGAGACUAAACGAUUAGUUUUAAUUCAAACGUAAAUAGUUAAAAACAAACAAAACAAAAAAACAAAGGAAAACGGAAAAUAACUAAACUGAUUAUAUGGUUAUUUUUCAAAAUCUAAUUUGAAGAAAGUAUAACAUUUGUAUUUUAAUAAUUAAAUACAUUUGAAAUCUAUCUGGACACUAUAUUCUAUUGAAUAAUGUAUUAUCUUCAGAAAUCGAUGUAAUGUUAGAUGAACAAUUAAAUGUUUAUUAAUUUAUAAACAGUUAUAUGAACAAAUAUAUAUUACUUAUUCAAUGUUUAUAGUGUCAAUUAGUGAUAACGUUAAAUUUCAUGGAAAUAUCAGGAAACAUUUCAAGAGUUAAUCAAUAAACGGUUACCAGUGAAUUUUCAAGUAUCCUCCGUCUACUCAAUAAGAGAAUAAAACAAAAUGAAAAAAUGUAAAAUUAUUGAUUAUUAUUUCAUAUUUUAUGCAUUAUUUAUCAAUCAUAUUCAAAUAAUAAUAUGUGACCAAACAUCAAAUAUUGAUACAACAAAUCAUAAAUCUGAUAAAUUAUCUUCAAAUUUAAUCAAUAUUACAAAACAUAUUGGUCAUAGCAACAAAAUAAAGGAAACUAUUGAUAAUUCUAUUCCUAAUGUCGGUUUAGAAGCUGCAGUGAUUUCUAGUGCAGGAUUAAUUGGUGAUGGAGUAGUAUCUUCUAAUAAUAUACACUAUGAGGAUAAAUCUGUAGAAGAACGUAAAACCUAUAUUCGAUUAAGUCAACCAAUGCGUAAUUUAACUCGUUCAAUCGGAGCAAAAGGAACAUUUUAUUGUGAUAUUCUUGGUGAACCUAUACCUCAAUUUCAGUGGUAUAAAAAUGGUGAAAAAUUGUUAGAAAAACCGAAUAAAAUUAAAAUAACCACUGCCUUAUGGGGAAGCGCUUUACGUGUGGAAAAAUUACAUAAUUCUGACAUUGGACAAUAUUUGUGCGUUGCAACCAAUCCAUCUGGAACAUUGAAUGCCACAGCUUAUCUACAAUUAACAAGUAAAACUUCCAAGUCAAAUAUAUUUGUGAAACCAAUUUUACAACAAGAAAAUCAAUAUCUUAUGAAUUCAAUAACUGCUGAAUCUGAUGGUUUCUGUCAAGAAUUUCAUAGUAAUGUCUGUGGUAAAUACCUAAUGGGUCAUCGUGUCUAUGUAACAAGAGAAUUUCAACAAGCUCUUAUAGAAACACAAAUAUCUAAAUUUCUUAAGCUUACUGCAACUCAAUCGCUACAUCGUGUGCGAGAAGAUUGUUUAAGACGUUUAAUGGAAGCAAUUUGUUAUUACAAUUUUCCAGUGUGUUUAGAAACAAAACCUGUUUCUUUUGAAAAUGAUGUUUCAAGCGAAACACAAUCAUUAAAUGAGAACUCCAUGCGUUAUUUAUAUCAGACACGUCAUUUAUGCAGACAAGAAUGCGAAAAUGUAAUGCAAAAUGAAUGUGGACCAACAUAUGACUAUUUGGACAGAAAAAUUCUGUAUGACUUACCGGAAAUGAUUAUGGAUUGUUCACGUCUACCGAUUUAUUCACUGGAUAAUCCACAAACCUGUCGUCGUAUAGGUGAACCUUUGAUUAUGUCAGAACAAAUAUCAGAAUACAGACAAGAUAAUGAUGGACAAUUCUGGGAAGAGCAUCAUGUGGCGGCACCAUCAUCUGGUCAUUUGAUGGAAAAGAAUGAAAAUGGUGCCUUAUCAUCUAGUCAAGAAUUAAAUACUGCGUUAUCAACUGGUCCUGAUUUGUUACCAAUUUUUGUUUCAUUUGGGGCAUUAGCAUUAUUGGGUCUUGUUCUUCUUGCUGUAUGUUUUCUCUGUCGACAUGGUAAAAGUGAUUCACCGCGUUUAACAACAGAUAGUUCAAGUUUUCUAGGAAGGUCACGUAUUCGCUCCAACUGUCGAGGCAGUCGUAAUUGUUCUGAAACUGAAAGAUUGGAUGGAUUUCACGUGAGAGGACAAGGAGUUGGAGCUCCUAAUGACUCAAACCAUGGCAGCAAGCAAAGGAGAGUCCCUGGAAUGGGAGCUGGUAUUAAACUAGGUGGUACAAACGGCUUUCUAAAUGGUAUGCAAGAAGCUUACACAACUACAUAUUGUGGAAGUAAUACGAUUUGCAGCACAAGUGAUGCAAAUGCUAUGAGCGCACCAGCUACGGUUGGGCAUAACAGUGUUUCUUCUAAUCUUAACAACACAAAUGGAGUGCUUAAUGACACAUCUAUUUCUGCGGUUGCAUCCGCCAAACAUAAUGGUUCUGCGACGUAUUUUCAGUAUCAAGCUUCUAACUUUUUGACCCCACAGUUGCCUCCUCCUCGAGCCCCUGCACCGCCACCGCCAGGAUCACAAUGUUUAACGACACAAUCACAACUAGGCAUUACAGCAAUUGCACCAACAUCAAUUCCAUUUAGUAUGACCGACCCAACAUAUAAUGCACAGUCAUUUAAUCAGUCUACCCACUUGCCAUUAAAUGGUGAUAUAAUUCCAGAGGUAGGAUUACAUUAUGAAACGAAAGCUGACGCUGAAAGCCCAGCGGCUUAUACAACGCUUAGAAAUGCUAGUCCUAAUGAAUUCUUGUUAAAUGACCCUCCGUCAUCAAUUAACUCAUUUAACGCUUCACAAAAUGCCACACUAUUCUCAAAAAUUAACUUGGAAGAUCAACCUAUGAAGGCUGUGGAAUAUCCCAUUUCUCAGUUGCGGUUUGGGAAACAAUUUGGACAAGGUGUUUUUGGACCGGUUUAUAAGGCUGAAUUACUACCGAAUAGUGCUUAUGAAAAUGGUCAUCCAAUUUCAGUUAUUGUAAAAACCUUAUCAGCUGGUUCACCUGCCAGUUUACAAGCAAAUUUUCGUAGAGAAGCUAAUUUAAUUUCUGAAUUAGAUCAUCCAAAUGUACUUAGUCUUCUUGGGGUUAGUGUGCAACAUCCACCAUGGUGUAUGAUAUUUGAAAUUCGGCAAUAUCUUGAUUUGUGUGAAUUAUUAUCUUCAAGAAGAUCUAUGAUUAAUCAAAUAAAUUUAACAAAUGUAAGUUAUCCUAAUGGUGUGACAUCUAAUUUGCCAAAUCCUCUUAGUGAAUCAGAAAUUUGGAGAGUAUUAUCUCAAGUUGCUGCUGGAAUGGAUUAUUUAUCUAGUCAUCGUUUCGUUCAUCGUGAUUUAGCUGCAAGAAAUGUGAUCAUUUUAAAUGAGCAAUUAUUUUGUAAAAUUACUGAUCUUGGCUUAGCACGUGAUUGUUAUGCAGCUGAUUAUUAUCGUUUACAUCCUCAUAGUCUUAUGCUACCGAUUCGAUGGAUGCCACUUGAUUCAAUUAUCUAUGGUAAAUUUACUAUUGAAUCAGAUAUUUGGGCAUUUGGUGUAUUGAUGUGGGAAGUUUGGUCUGGUGGUAUGAGACCAUAUUCUGCAUAUUCUGAUCCAGAAGUUUUAGAUUUGAUACGUUCUAGACAAUUAUUAUCAUGUCCACAACAUUGUUCAACUAACAUCUAUAUGUUUAUUACUAGUUGUUGGAAUGAAGAAAUUGAAAGACGUCCAACAUUUAAAGAUUGUUUAAAUCAAAUACAAAAUUGGUAUUCAGAUGCAUCCGUUAUACCAUCAUUAUAUUCGAGUGAACAAAUAUUCUCUUAUUCUCAGAUUAUAGAUAACAAAAUUGAUUUCCAACAAUUAAAUAAUGCUACUAAUAAUAGUAUCAAUGGAACAGAAAGUCUUUCAGAGACUUCAAAAUCCAACUUAUCAAUACGUCAAACAUGCCCGGGAAUGUUUAAUAUAAACAAUCAUUUUACUUAUCCUAAAGAUUAUUUAACUAAAAUGUAUACUGUAGAUCCUUUUGAAUUAUUUCAUCAACCAAUAAAUACUCCUAAUACAACGAUUAAUAAUAAUAGUAAUUCUAUUAAUCAAUAUCAUAAUUCUAGUCCAGAUAAUACAAUAAUGAAUGGUAAAUUUACAUCACAAACACAAACACAAUUACCAAUCUCAAAUAUAUCGAAUAAUUCAAAUGGAAUUCAAGAAUCAAGAAAUGAUCAUUGUAAAUCAUCUAAUGGACUAGGUAUUCGAUUAUUACCAAAUACAACUACAAUGUUUAUUCCUACACUAAAUUCUGUUAGUUAGUUAGUUCAUUAAUUAAUCAAUUAAGUAAUCAAAAGAUCUAAAGAGAUUUCAUCCAACCAAAAAAAAUUGAAAGAAUAAUAAUGAAAAUGGUAAUUUUUUUUAAAAACAAAAAUUGCAUUCACAGAUUUCUCCCAAAUAACAAUUUUUAAAUUUGUUAACAUUGUAUUAUGACGUAAUAUUAUUGUUCUGUUCCUCCCCCCUUUUUUUCUGAAUAAUUUAUGUUUCAUUAUGUUAGUACCAUUUAUACAUUCUCUUCUCCGGGGGGCUGGGUAGAAUAUAGGGGGUGGGGGAUGAGAAGGGUGAAUACAAUCAGAUAUUAAAUAAAAAAUAAAGCGCUAUAAUAAUUUAUUUAGUUAAUAUAUAUUUGUUGAUUAAACUUUCUUAUCAAGAGAUAUAAUUUGUUUAAUCUUUUAUUAAUAUGCUUUUACUAUUCGUAUACCGGUCAACAUAUAUAUAUAUAUAUAUGAUUUACCAUACAUAAGAAUCAAAUGAAUAUGAGAAAUUGACUAAUAUAGGUUCUAGUCAUAAAGAAAACAAAGAAAAAAAAGAAGGAGAAGGAGCUACACUGUAAAUAUUACUUUGUCCUUUGCAAAUAUAGAUAAACAAUUAUCAUUACUUUUCAAUAUUAUUCAAUUAUUAACAUUUUAUUUGUAUAAUAUAAUUUCCAUGUAAUAAUCAUUCAAUACAUACAAAUGUUGUACUUUAAAUAGGACAAGAAAUUGUAAUGUUGGUUUCAUUUUUCUUCCCUUGUUAUCAAUAGACAUUUGAGAAGUAUUUGUCAUACAAUGUUUAUCUUAUACAUUUUGUUAAUUUUCAUUCAUCAUUGGUUAAUAUUCAAUUAAUAUGAUGAAUAGAAAAACAAUUUCUCAAUUGAAUACUUAUUUGUAAUAAAUAUGCAUUUCUUAUUUAUUUUUAUUUUUGUUUUUUUUUUGUUCCUUAUGUUCACUACGUUCAUUAUAAUUGAUUAGUCAGUUCGUUAACUAACAAUAUUUGAAAUGAAUAUUAAGCCUUUUUUUUCAAUUGAAUAAAUAAUUAUAAUGAUGAG